UUGUUGAUUCAGCUUCUCAUUUACCCCUUGGCUUCUGGAUUAGAUUUUCGCUCUGCCUUUUCUGUGGCCCGUACAAGCAGCAUGGAAGGUGGCCCUGAAAUGGUUAUUACAUUCGACAAGGUUUACGUGAACAUUGGAGGGGAUUUUGACCCUAAAAGUGGAAUGUUCAGGUGUCGGAUUCCUGGGGCCUAUUAUUUCUCUUUCACCAUUGGAAAAUUUCCCAAGAAAAACUUGUCUGUUAUGCUUAUGAAGAAUAAAAAUGAGGUCCAGGUGAUAGUCUAUGAUGAACAUCACCACAAAGAGAGAAAAGUGGCCAGCCAAAGCACUAUGCUGCAACUGGACUAUGGAGACACUGUUUGGCUACGUCUUCAUGGAGAUCCAAAGUAUGCUCUUUACAGCAAUAUUGGUCCAUAUACCACUUUCAAUGGAUAUCUUAUAUACCCUGACACUUCGUCCUACUUUCACAGCAAUAGCGACUCUUAUAAGCUGCAGAAUUCUCAAGGAGCCCAGAUUUCGAAAGGAUCUUCAGAGCAAAACGAAUUGUACAAAGAAAACUCAAUGUACGCAGACCAACCCUUUUUAGACACAGAUCCCAGAUCUGCUUUCUCUGUUGCUCGUACACAAAGUCUCAUUGGAACUGAAGACAAGAAAACACAACAUCAGCCCAUCACUUUUGAUACAGAGUUUGUAAAUAUUGGGAAGGACUUCAAUUUGUCCAUAGGGGAAUUUCAUUGUCGGGUACCAGGAGCCUAUUAUUUUUCUUUCACCAUAGGAAAAAUGCCAUACAAGACAAUGUCAGUUAAGCUAAUGAAGAACCAAAAUGAAGUCCAGGCAAUGAUAUAUGAUGAUAGUCACUCAAAAAAACGAGAGAUGCAAAGUCAGAGCCUGAUGCUAUCUCUUGGUCCUGGGGACACUGUCUGGCUCUAUAGCCACCGGCACGAGGGGUAUGGGGCCUACAGUAAUCAUGGCAAGUAUAUUACUUUCACAGGUUUUUUGGUGUACCCAGACGAGACUCCUAAACAGCACAUGACUGUCACAAAUAAAAAACCACAGGGGGCUUUCACAGAAAUCUGAGGCAAGUAAAGGGAGCACAAAAUAAAAAGGUCAUAAAAUCUCUUCCCCAGGAAACAUAGGUCUGCACUUCGCAUCUUAGUGUCACAUCAAUGAGCAUGGUCUAGUUGUGUUUAGGUCACUUUGCAUGCUCUUGUCUUGGGUGGGAGAAAAAUGUGUUUCUGUAAGUCAUAUUGAUGAGAAAUGGAACUGUGCAGCUAGAGAUUAUCAGACAUAGAAAUAUGUAAGAUACACCAAAAGGUA